AUUGAAUAAUAUGUUUCAGGUUUUGAACCCUCAUUGUUGCGGUUAGCUUUUUAACGAUAGCUUUCGUGUUAUUAAAACAGAAAGCUAGAAGAAGUACCGUUAGCCUGCAUUGCAUUGUUGAAAGAUAGAAGACCCGGAAGUGGGGCGGUACUGCUGUUUUGCUGUCGAGUCACCUCUGUCAGGAUGGAGGAAAACGAACUGCUAUCAUGCUGAAAAACGAAGGAUCCCGACAAUCGAGCAUCAUAAACCGGGACAGUUGAGACACAAGGCAUCGUUUAGUCUUCGCUCUGCUGCGUCGUUUCUGUAACGCUUCGCCAAAAUGAUGGAAGAGAUCGACCGGUUCCAAGUACCUCCAGUCAACGGAGAGACACAGCCUUUGGACCCAGCAGCUUCCUCCACCUCCGAGGCGGACCCUGACACCAAGGGGGAGACCGUGGCCAUGAACUACAAGCCCUCACCCCUGCAAGUGCAAAUAGAGAAACAGAGGGACCUUGCCAGGAAGGGAUCAGUGAAGAAUGGCACCGUGGGAAGUCCUGUCAAUCAGCAACCCAAGAAGAAUGCCAGGACAAGGUUGGUGGUGCCAAACAAAGGCUACUCCUCUUUAGACCAGAGCCCAGAUGAGAAGCCCCUUGUGGCACUGGACACUGACAGUGACGAUGACUUCGACAUGUCCAGAUACUCCUCAUCAGGAUACUCCUCAGCCGAGGUGAGAUGUCUGAGGGACCAGCAGAUCAACCAGGACCUGAACAUCCAGCUCCUGAAGGACGGGUACCGGCUUGAUGAGAUCCCGGAUGACGAGGACCUGGAUCUGAUCCCCCCAAAAGCGGUCAACCCCACCUGCAUGUGCUGCCAGGCUGCUCCCUCCACGGCCUGUCAAAUCCAGUAGCACCAUUUACUCCCCCCCCACCCAAAAAAAAGAUCUCCUGCCUGCCACCUGCACUGAGGCCAACCAUCGACCAGAGUGGCAGCAGGGAGGAAGAACUAUUGGCUGGCAAUGGCACAAAGGGAAAACAAGGGUUUCUAAAUGCUAAAAUAAGAAAUGGAGAUGGGUCAGGUCUUGAGAAAAGAGUCAAUAUGUACAGUAUCCGUGCACGUUCCUCCUAUGGUAGGGUCUGUGCAUCUUACUUCUGCAUUGUUGGUUUAGCGAAGGACUCGACUGAUGGCAGAAACAUUACCUCUGAGGAAAACACGUUACUUUUGCUUCACCUUCAUUUGACUUCCAUCUCAUGCUUGUGGAUAAUUUUGUGGUUUGCAAGGACCGUUAAAGGAUUGUGCGACAUGGCGGAAGAGCAGAAACGGAGCGAUUCAACCAAAACACCGGAGAUGGUGACAAGGGGACAUUACCGUGACAUCAGCACACCAUGCGUGGAAUCUUCUUCUGCUGGUGUGUCGCUGAUGGGCGAUGGAUGAGAGGAGAUUGGAAAGUUUUAUAGCGGCCAUUCCUUUUCUCUCUCUCAUUCCUUUCAGCCGGUCUGCUUCAUCUUCUUGUGUAUACGUGUCAAACAUGAUAAAGACGUGUGUGUGUCUAAUUAUGUCCACGAGAGUAGUUCUAAACCACCCGGCUGCCGGUAAAACACUAAUGCUUACACUAAGAUCUCAUGUCCAAGAUUUUCUUUUAUUUAAGGUUCGUCUCUUACACCAAGGUUGUACUGCUCGAUUGUUUCACAUUCAGUUCAGAGAAGCUGAAAACAAAUUAGUUUUGCAUGUUGCCUGUUAACACUGUGUCCAGAUGACCAGCCUGUGCAGAUAAUUUCACAGUUUUUACUGACCCCCUGACCAGAUCCUUGUGCCGAUGAGACAUUAUGUGAGGCGUGCUUUGAAAAAAACAUCAAGUUAGUCACAUUUAGGUUCACCUGCUGUAGUAUCAGUAGAUAUAGAGAAACCGUUCAUGAGUUGGUGUGUUCUUUGUUUUUUUGUCCCCGACAUGAGUGGAUGUUUAAGUGGAUCUCGGAGGCGGUCACCACCAGUGAAUGUGGCUACAGAAAAAUUCAUAAACUUGAGUGGAUACAUGAAUUGAUGAAUGGUGUAGAAUAUCUGCAGAUACAUAGAGAGUUGUGCACUUUUGGUUCUGAAGAAUGUCUGUAAAGUGAUUCCAUAUCGCCUGGAUGGAAAUGAAAGGGGAUUUUUAAUUUUUAAUUUUUUUUUUUUUAAUUUAUUUUUUAAUACAAACCAAGGAAGGUGUAAAAAGCUCUCCUUCUGUUUAGGUUUAGUUGUAGGUGUGUUUGUUGUGUAUGGCUGUACAUUUGUGCAUAUUCCCCUUGAGUUUCAAUAUAGCCAAUCUGUCUGAUCUGGGGACGAGGACUGUAUAUGUAGCACCGGACACAGCUGUGUAUUGUCACUGCUUCAUGCCAAUGGAUGUUUUUCCAUGAUGUUAAAAAGGAAAUAGUAAUUGCUGUAACUGAAAGAAUACUGUUUAUUUUUCAUGUUUACAUCACUCUGAAGACAUCAGUAGAGCUUUACAGACAUCGGAUCAUAAAAGUCACCUACAAGUGCAACCCAACCACCAGAAUAUAUGUUGGCAGUGUAUGUUUCUGCAAACUAUGGAUACUAUUAAAAUACCUGUUCAACCCAAGCAAAGCUGUAAAUGAUCCAAAAGUCCCCUUUAAAAAUAUCCAGCAGUCACACUUAGAAAUGUCUAAAUGCAGCCUCAAGUAGCCGUUACUGGCCUUUGCCACUAACUCCACCGUCGCUGCCUCCACCUCCCAAUGUGAAGGUCGGUGAACAUGAUGUGGUGUGGUGCGCAGCUGAUGACUUGUACAAAUGCAAAUCAGUGGCUUGCAGAAACAUAACUGCCAGCGUUUUAUCCUAUUGACUGGGCUGGAAUGUGAGUCUGCUCCGUACAAAUGACACUGGAAGACCAGGCCGAGUUUCCCGAAAACACAGUAACAACGAGAGUUUGUAAAAUGUAAAAUACUCCCUGAUCAUGCAUAUUUUGACUAGUACGACACCUGAGAAGAACUCUUUAUUCUUUAGAAUAACUUUUAACUCGAUCCCGCUCAGUGGUGGACUCGGGGAGUGGGGGAGCAGACGGGGCAAUCUCCAUGUUUGGAAAAAAAAAAAAAAUGCUUUGAAAGUAACCCUCUGGGAUUCCUCGGUGGUAGAUGAAAUGUCUGCCUCUCAAACAUCCCGAGUCCGCCACUGAUCCUGAAGCAUGUGUGCAUUUUACACUCUCAUGGUAACAUUCAGAAUAUUCUGUUGACUUUUGUACAGAGGAUUUCAGAUAAAGAUGUGAAGUUACUUCUGAAAUACUAUGUGGAUAUAUCGCAGUGUUUUGGGGGAAACUUUGCAUUCAUCUUUUGUACCUGAUGCGCUUCUUAUUUGGUUGAGCACUUUGCAUUUUUAUGAAAAUCCAUACAGCGAAACAGCAAAAGCCAUCUUAUGUAAGUCACUGAGCGAUGAUACAGUGUGAUAUGUUUGGCUUCAAAUGACGGCGUCUCUUGAGAAUGUUCUCAUUCGGAGAGCGUGUGGUAAAGAAAGUUCAUGUUCGUGUAUGUGGAGAGUAAAUGGAACUUAAAAAACACCGGGAAAGAGAAAACAAGAUGUUACUUCUGACUAUUAACUUCUCUCGUCACUGAUAUAUCUGAUAUAGCCUCAAUGUUUCUAUAGCAUUUGAGUCACAAAAGUAAGCAAGCUUAAAAACAACAUUUCAUUUGCAAAUACGGUGCCAUAUGUGUAGAUAAUUAAAUGACUUGCAUUAGGUAGAAUGAAGACGGUCAGGUAAUAUGUCACUGAUACCUGUUGCUGUGCUCUGUAAACAUUAACACUGAGUGACUGACUGUGUGAUUGACUGGUGCUGAUUUCUUUUCUUUUUUUCUCCUUUUUUUUCUAUCAUUAACAUCCUAAUAGAUUCACACACAGGUCCUACUGGAUGCACUACUUCUGGCCAAUGUCGUCUCACUUGGGGAGUCUAAAGUAAUGCAUUAUAACAGAUAAGCUAUUUAUUUGCAGUUGUGUGUUUUUUUUAAUUUAUUUUUCAAGAAUGGGAAGCAGUUCAUAUGCGGACGGACGCUUUUUAUUUGUCAGGUGCUUAUUAUGAUGAUUGUGAAACUGGUUCCAUUUAGAUUUUAACAGUGUUCAAAGUUCCGUGUAUAGUGCAACAUAUCAAAAAAUAAAUAUUAGAUAUCUCAA